AUGGUAACACUGGAAGCAACGGUAACACUGGAGACCUUGUGGAGCAGAGACAAAGAAAAGUGGCCACCCCCUCCGCACCGCUCGCUCUCCCGCGCCGACAGAUAUCCGCCCCGUGCUGACCCGGGACCUCCCUUCUCCGUUGCCGCUACCCAUUGGCGACCCGACCGUCUGAAUACCCGAGUGCUGGCUUUUCCCGGAGCCAUUCUCAACGAACAAGGUGUAAUAAUUUCAUGCGGCUCAUCCUUGCAUUGGGAAGAUGGAAGAUCUGCAACGUUCCAUUGCUCCUUCUUAUCUUACGUAACCUUUGACGUCACUGCUUUGGGAACCAAAGGAUGUCUCCGUCUUCACAAUUUCACUCUUCCGUUUGAGGAGAAUUUCGGUUAUGGAACCUUCUGUGAGGCUUCGGAGAUAGAUUAUGGGAAGAUUCAAGCGGGAAGGUGGUGCCCUAAGCCUAAUGAGCAUGUUGUGGAGACUGAGGUUCCUCGAGAGGUUUUGAUGGUUAAAAAAUUUGCUGAGUUGGUUUAUAAUAUUAAGUUUUGUGGAGAGAAGCCUCUCAAGGAAUGGAGUGUUGUGAGUAGAAAGACUCAAAUUGUGUUGGAUGCAGUGAAAGAAUCUAUUCAGAGAAAUUAUCAGCCUGUCGAAAUUAAAUAA